AACUUGCUUUCGUAAUUAGUUCUGGAGUUAUGCGAUAUGUGGACGAAUAAUCAGAUCAUGGCUAUAAAAAUGUCACCAAAUGCCUUAGUUGAGCAUCAGUAACAAUUUAUCCGUCGUAUUGUGAAGACUUUUCCUUUAAUCAAAUCAACAUGAAGUUCGCUAUCGUCGCCGUAGUCGUGUUUGCUUUGGCCAUCACCUCUGCUCAAGCAUCUGUAGUCCCAUUGAUUUUGGGCGCCCCAGCUCCAAUUUCAUACACUGCUGUUCAUGGGCCAACAUUGACAAUUGCUGGUCUUCCAUCUGUAGCUGUUCAUUCACCAGCUGCUGUUGCUGUUCAUGCUGCUCCAGUUGUUGUCCCAGCACCAGUUGUUGUUGCCGCUGAAGGUACUUAUGUGGCUAAGACUCGUGGUGCUGUGCAUGUUGCUCCAUUGCCAGGUCAUUUGAAUUCUGCUGCUUCAGUGAACUUGGAACCAGCACCAGGAACAAUAUAAACAAAAGAACUUACAUCACAUAAACCUAACUCUGACUUGGAUAUAUAGUUCAUUUGACUUGCAUAUAGAAAAUAUUUUCAAUCCAAACAAAACAUCAUCUCAGUAUCCUUGACAAUCGAAUGGUGCUUCAUCGCAAUAUUAAAAACAUCAAAGCUAUCUAGUAAUUUUUUGAUUUUAAUUUUUUUUUGUUUUUAUUUUUUCAAAUAAAUGUUAAAAAACAUUUUUAAAUAA